UGUUUCCUGACGAUAUUGAAACCAUCAAACCUUUCUCAUGGUGAUCUGAGAGCAUCUAAUUUGUAAAGAGGUCAUCAUGAUUACUGGGACAGGUUGUUGGUGUGUGACUCUCCUGCUUCUCCUGCAAAGAGCAGACUCUGAAAGGUUUGAGGUUCUUGGUCCGACUCGUGCCAUUGUUGCUGUGGCUGGUGAUGACAUCAUUCUGCCCUGUUACAUCAAACCCAACAUCAGCGUUGAGGACAUGAGAGUUGACUGGUUCAGAGUCAACCUCCCAGACACUCAGUCAAACAGAGUCCAUCUCUACCAAGACGGCAGAGACAAAUACCAUGAUCAGAUCCACUCCUACAGGGGAAGGACAUCGUUGUUUAAAGAGGAACUGAAGAAGGGCAACACCUCUUUGAAACUGACCAGGGUACAAGGCACUGAUGAUGGACAUUAUAAAUGUCUUGUUGAGUCUAAGACACAUUAUGAUGAUGCCACCAUUCAAGUCUACGUCAGAGCUAUAGGAUCCAAGCCAGAGGUUUCCAUUGAGGGACAGAAAGAAGGAGGGAUGGCUCUGCUGUGUGUAACUAAAGGCUGGUUCCCUGAGCCUGAGUUGGAGUGGCUGGACAGUGAAGGGGUCACUCUGUCUGCUGGACCGUCAGAGACAGACAGGGACUAUGAGGGAUUCUACGUAGUCAAACUAAAGACCAUCAUAAAGGAGACUGACAUUAACCGCUUUACCUGCAGACUGAGACAGAGGCAGCAACAUGAGGGGAUUAAGAUGGAGACAGAGUUUCACAUCCCUAGCGAGCUGAUCCUUGUUCACACAGAAACAUGGAAAGUGGCCCUUCCAGUGAUUGUCUCUCUGGUCAUUGUCCUUGUGGUCAUAUCAGCUUUCAUCGUCUGGUGGCGGAAAAAUGUAUCCAAAGCUGAACACAGUCAAGAGCUCGAGCAAGUUAAAGAUGAAGUCAGACUUGAGUUGAAGAAAAAUCUCAUCACUCGUAAGCUGAAGAUACUUGCUGAUCAGCUGGACUUGGUAAACAUGAAGGGCUGUCCAGAACUUGAAACCAUCAGAAAACAUGCAGUGGAUGUGACUCUAGAUCCUGAUACAGCACAUCCCAGACUCAUCCUGUCUGAAGACAGGAAACAAGUUAGAUAUGGAGACAUAAAACAGAAUCUCCCUGAUAACCCAAAGAGGUUUGAUAUUGUUCCCUAUGUCCUGGGAAAGGAGGGUUUCUCCUCAGGGAGAUUCUACUACGAGGUGCAGGUGGAGGGGAAGAAUGGGUGGACUUUAGGAGUGGCCAGAGAGUCCAUCAACAGGAAGAAGUAUAUUUACCUGAAACCUGAGAAUGGAUGCUGGACUGUUUGGCUGAGGUAUGAAGAAUACAAGGCUUUCACUGACCCCUCUGUCGUCCUCUCCCUAAGAGAGAAGCCCCAGAAGGUGGGGGUGUUUGUGGAUUAUGAGAAGGGUCAGGUCUCAUUCUACAAUGUAGAGGCCAGGUCUCAUAUCUACUCCUUCACUGGCUACACCUUCACUGAGAAACUCUAUCCAUUAUUUUAUUCUGGUGCUACUGGUACCUCAGCCCCACAGGUCAUCACUCCUGUAGGUGUCACUGACUAACUGUUUUAUAUCAAACAUUGAAAUACUGGUUGUGGUAUGUAUGUAUGUGUGUGUCACUGUCAUGACUUUGCCCUGUUGGGUGAGGUUUAUGACUCCCCCCCCCCCCAUAAAUACCUGUCCCCUUUUUCUCUCCACUCUACAGAAUGGACUAUUGGAAAGCCCUGUGUUACCAUAGAGAAAGUGUGGGAAUAUCAAAAGGCAGGGGAAUGGAACAAUAGUUCCCUUUCUCAACCAGUUGAAAGUGUUCGUUGGUACUUAAAGAAUAUGAUGUCAGAUCAGUUGUUGUCUGGCAUUAUAUCUGAUGAUAGGAUGACAUAAAUUGUAUCUUGGAAAGUCUACACUUUCUAUUUGUGAAAAUAUGAAAUGUAAUUUUAACUUCUAAAUGAGAGAAUUGUUUUCAUAAGUAAACUAUGCUCACUCAGUGGCCACGCCCAAGUAAACAGACAUUGAUUGAGAACUAUGAAACACGCCCUUCUCUCCCCCAGUACAAAAGUCUGUUGACGGAAGUUAACCUUAGUUCCCAAUGACGGCUAAUUUCAAUAUGGAGGUGAUGAUCACCACUGAAAUGGUGUAUUUCGACUAGACCAGCAUAAACUGAUUAUGGCAACUUAGUAUGAACAUUGAACGAUUAUUUACUAAAGAAGUGAUACAUCCUAGACUUCGAGUUAUUAGCUGCAGCUGUAAACGUAUGUGGCCUAGAAAAGGACAGACAAUCUCCUAAGAAUGACAGGGUACUUUAACGUAUCCUCUCUACAACACUACAACCAGAAAUAUUAUUCAAAGGACAAUGACGAUCUUUGCUGGGCAAACCAGUCUUCCAUCUUCGGCCCAUCUUCGGCCCAUCUAUCGAAGCGCAGCUCAGAGUAAAUAUAUAAGUUGCAUUUUCCUUCUCCGAAUGGGCGGUUAUUAGAAUGCAUAAGAUUCUGUAUUUACGGUAGAAUAGCUUUUUAAGGUCCGAUAGAGACCCAAUCCCUUUGUCACUCCAUCUUCCCGCUCUUUCAUACAAACCCAACCCCCUUCUUUUGUGUAACGAGCUGUCAUAUUGGGUUAGCCUACUAGGGGAUUUUCAUGACAUGAUUAGUAAUCGAUGUAUGAUCGAUCCUGUGUAUAUAUAUGUAAUUCUGUGUGAUUUUUUUCGGUAUUUAGUAAAUAAAUAAUUACACCAAUGUGUGUAUUGUAAUUCCA